GGUUAAUUAAUAAAGGAAGUAAUUUUAAAUAAAGCAAGUUUGCUAUUAUUUUAAGGCAUCUCUUCGGCUACCAAUUUGGGGUCCUCGCAUUACACAUUUUCAGCAUGGCGGCCUCCGUAGCAGGGUUGCUUAAACCUUGGACACCGAGCGUGUUCCUGGUUAGAUGGAGCAGAUAUAACCCAUACUACCUAGAGCCGGAGGUGAGGAGGGAAGCAUACAGCCGCUCCGAGGCAGAGCUGAGUGCUGAAGAGCAGGAGGAGCGCAAGCUCAAAGAACUGCGACCCAUAAAAGCAGCCACCUGCAGCGCCACAAGCUCUGUCUUUGACGAUCCCGUUAUUAGUAAAUUUAUCAGAAUGAUCAUGACGGAAGGGAAUAAGGUUUUAGCCAGAGAGAUUGUCACACAGACACUGGAGAACAUAAAAAGGAAACAGGUGGAGAAAUAUCACAAAUCUCCACCUGGGAAGAAAGAGGAGAUUGAAUGUAAUCCCUACACCAUCUUCCACACAGCACUGGAGAACUGUAAGCCUGUUGUUGGGCUGGCGAGCAUACAGAAAGGUGGAAAGUUUUACCAGGUGCCCAUCCCACUUACAGACAACCGCCGCCGGUUCCUCGCCAUGAAAUGGAUGAUCACAGAGUGCAGAGAAAACAAACACAGGCGCACCCACAUGUACGAAAAACUCUCCCAAGAAUUACUGGCCGCCUUUGAAAAGGAGGGCAAUGUCAUCAAGAAGAAGCACGAGCUGCACAAGAUGGCCGAAGCAAACAGAGCCUACGCCCACUACCGCUGGUGGUAGCUGCUGACGUCUCAGGAUCUGCAGCACGAUGGACACGCAGCGACAGGAAGUCAUGGCUGUCCCAAAAGCUUUUGUAAAUAGUGGAAAUGACUAAACAAGGUUACUUUUUUGUAUUCAGAAGAAUAAACAGCUUAUAAAUGCAAAAUAACUGCAAAUUAUGGUAAGAAAGAGAAAAGUAUUUAUUCAAACAAAAACCUUGGAAUUUGCUGUACAAACAAUAAAAAGUGUUGUAACAUUGUAAUACAACUGAGGUACAUCA